AUGCGCGUUGUCACUUCAUUUCUGCUUCUUAACCGUGCCUGGUGCAGGAGUGACCGAGUGAAAUGUGUUGACUUCCAUCCCUCAGAGCCCUGGACACUGUCAGCGCUUUAUUCAGGCAACAUCUUCAUAUGGGACUACAACACCCAGACCUUGGUCAAGCAGUUCGAGGUUUGCAAUUUGCCAGUCAGAUGUGCCAAGUUCGUGACACGGAAGCAGUGGAUCGCCACGGCUUCUGAUGACAUGCACAUACGUGUCUUCAACUACAACAGCUUGGAGAAGGCCCAUGAGUUCGAGGCGCACACGGACUACAUUCGAUAUAUUGCAGUGCAUCCGACCCUGCCCUACCUCCUGUCCUGCUCGGAUGACAUGUCCAUCAAGCUGUGGGACUGGGACAAGAACUGGCAGAACCUGCAGGCUUUUGAAGGGCACGCGCACUACGUGAUGAUGUGCCAGUGGAACCCCAAGGACACGAACAUCUUUGCCUCUUGCUCCCUGGACCGCUCCAUAAAGGUUUGGGGCGUAUCGGGAGGAGCAGGUGGAACAAGCAGCUGCCACUUUACUCUGACUGGCCACCAGCGCGGUGUGAACUGUGUGGAGUAUUCCCCAGGCGGUGAGAAGCCUUAUAUCAUCUCGGGGUCGGACGAUCGGACCAUCAAGAUUUGGGACUAUCAGACCAAACAGUGCAUCCAGACGUUGACUGGCCACACCAACAACGUCUCUUAUGCCCUGUUCCACCCCGCUUUGCCCAUCAUCCUGACGGGCAGCGAGGACGGUACUGUGAGGAUAUGGCACGGCUCCACCUACCGCCUGGAGGCAACGCUGAGCUACUUCCUGGAGCGAGUGUGGUCAAUCGCGGUCCUGAAGGGCUCGAACACCGCUGCCCUGGGAUACGAUGAGGGCACUGUGGUGAUCAAGCUCGGAAGCGAGGAGCCAGUUGUGUCCAUGCACUCGGGCAAGAUCAUCUGGGCGAAAGGCAAUGAGAUUCAGACGGCUAACCUCAAGCUGCUGGAUGAGGGAGUGACCGCCCGAGAGGGCGAGAAGGUCCCGCUGAGCGUGAAGGACAUGGGUGCAGCAGAGGUAUUCCCUCAGUACAUUGCGCACCACCCGAACGGUCGUCUCUUUGCCGUGUGUGGCGACGGAGAGUUCGUGAUCUACACGGCGCAGGCGCUCCGGAACAAGUCGUACGGUCCCGCUCUGGAGUUUUGUUGGGCACACUCCGGUGCCUACGCCACGCGCGAUGGCAAUGGCAAGAUCACUGUCUUCCAGGACUUUAAGGAGAGCUUCUCCUUCAAGCCGCCCUUCACUGUGGAGGAGACUUAUGGAGGACGUCUGCUUGGCGUGCGCGGUGGGGAUUUCAUCUGCUUCUACGACUGGACGGAGUAUCGUUUGAUUCGCCGCAUCGAUGUGGUGCCCAAGGAUGUCAUCUGGUCCGAGGAAGGGAGCUCGGUGGUCCUCAUUUGCCCUGACUCCUUCUACGUGCUCAGGCACGACAAGGAUGCGGUACAAGCUGCCCUGAUCUCGGGGGCCCAAAUGGAUGAGGAUGGCAUUGAGGCCGCCUUCGAUCUUCAGCACGAGAUCAAUGACAAGGUGGUCAGUGGGCUGUGGGUGGGAGACUGCUUCGUGUAUGUUUCCCACGCGCAGCGACUUACCUGCCUGGUGGCGGGCUCGCAGGAGACCUUGGCACACUUAGACCGUCUGCAGUACCUGCUGGGAUACAUGCCGGAGCAAUCCAAGCUGUACCUCAUCGACAAGGAGCUCAAUGUGACUCCUUACACGCUGCACAUGGCGCUGAUAGAAUACCAGUCUGCCAUCAUGCGGAAGGAUUUCCCGACGGCAGAAACUUUCUUCGCACAACUCCCGGAGUCGCUGCACAACCGAAUCGCCCGUUUCUUGGAGAACCAGGGCUACCAAGCGGAAGCGCUGCAAAUCUCCAAGGACGACGAGCAUCGCUUUGAGCUGGCCACACAGCUGGGGAAACUCCAGAUGGCCGCAGACAUCAUCGUGAGCAUCACGGCUCAGGCCAAUCCAGGGAUGCCGCCUCGUGGCAAGUGGAAGAACCUUGGAGACGUGGCUUUGGAGCAAGGCGACUUCACCUUGGCGAAGCGCUGUUUUAGCGAAGCCAAGGAUCUUGGUGCACUCUUCCUCCUCUACACGUCCGUGGGAGAUGCAGAGGGGGUGCUCUCCACUGGCAAGCUUGCCGAGGAGAGCAACAUUAGCAACAUCGCUACGCUAUGCUACCUGCUGCUGGGGGACGCCAAGCGCGCGUUGGAGGUCCUCAUCAGCGCGAAUCGUCUGCCUGAG